UUCACAGCUAAUCUGCACAAUCUGGAAGGUGGCACGGAGGGAAAGAGAGGGGGAUCAUAGAAGGACUGGGUAACAAGCACUCUGGGCUCGCCUUCAACUUUAACGGACUUUCCAGAAACCCGUCACCUUCCACCCCACUCCCAAACACACACAUCCACGCACUCACACAGUUUCCUGCCAGGAUCCCAAACCAGCACACCUUUCACUCUUCCCCGAUAUGACCAGGUAGGGGGCGAGGGAUAAGGUGGGGCGAGGGAAAAGGUGGGGCGCAAGGGGGGACCCGGUUGCUUCCACACACACCCUCCGUUCAGCCCUCCUUUCCAUUCCGGCGAGGGCGCGCCUUCAGAAGGUCCUGUCCUCCAAGGAGGCAGGCGUGGGGCGACCGAGACCCGGGAAGAUGGUCCACCGGGAAGCGCGCGGGCUGGGCGGCGGGGAGGAAGGAGUUAAAGAUCCAGGAUUGGCUCUUCAGUCACGGAGUCUGGGAGGGGAAGCGGCUGGGAGGGAGGGUUCGGAGCUUGGCUCGGGUCCUCCACGGUUCCCUCCGGAUAGCUGGAGACUUGGGCCGGCCGGACGCCCCUUCUGGCACACUCCCUGGGGCAGGCGCACACGCACGCUACAAACACACACUCCUCUUUCCUCCCUCGCGCGCCCUCUCCCAUCCUUCUUCACGAAGCGCUCGCUCGCACCCUUUCUCUCUCUCUCUCUCUCUCUCUCUCUCACUGUUCUCCCUCUAACACGCACGCACACGCCCAGUUGUUCACACUCGGGUCCUCUCCGGUCCGACGUUCUCCUGGCACCCACCUGCUCCGCGGUGCCCUGCGCGCCUCCCUCCGUCGCGCCCCUUGCGCUCUCGGCCCAGACCGUCGCAGCUACAGGGGGCCUCAAGCCCCGGGGUGAGCGCCCCCUUCCCGCUCCUGCUCCCUCCCAUAGGGACGCGCCUGAUGCCUGGGACCGGCCGCUGAGCCGGUGGGGACCGAGAAGGCCAUGGUGGGAGCGCUCGCCCGCUCCGGUGCCCGCUGAGACCAUGCCGGAGCCCCGGCGCCCCGCCGGCUCCCGCCUGCGCCUGCUCCUGCUCCUGCUGCUGCCGCCGCUGCUGCUGCUGCUCCGGGGCAGCCACGCGGGCAACCUGACGGUAGCCGUGGUACUGCCGCUGGCCAACACCUCGUACCCAUGGUCGUGGGCGCGCGUGGGACCCGCCGUGGAGCUGGCCCUGGCCCGGGUGAAGGCGCGCCCCGACUUGCUGCCGGGCUGGACGGUCCGCACGGUGCUGGGCAGCAGCGAGAACGCGCUGGGCGUCUGCUCCGACACCGCAGCGCCCCUGGCCGCGGUGGACCUCAAGUGGGAGCACAACCCCGCCGCGUUCCUGGGCCCCGGCUGCGUGUACGCCGCCGCCCCGGUGGGGCGCUUCACCGCGCACUGGCGGGUCCCGCUGCUGACCGCCGGCGCCCCGGCGCUGGGCUUUGGUGUCAAGGACGAGUAUGCGCUGACCACCCGCGCGGGGCCCAGCUACGCCAAGCUGGGGGACUUCGUGGCGGCGCUGCACCGACGGCUGGGCUGGGAGCGCCAAGCGCUCAUGCUCUACGCUUACCGGCCGGGUGACGAAGAACACUGCUUCUUCCUCGUGGAGGGGCUGUUCAUGCGGGUCCGCGAGCGCCUCAAUAUUACGGUGGACCACCUGGAGUUCGCCGAGGACGACCUCAGCCACUACACCAGGCUGCUGCGGACCAUGCCGCGCAAAGGCCGAGUUAUCUACAUCUGCAGCUCCCCUGACGCCUUCAGAACCCUGAUGCUCCUGGCCCUGGAAGCUGGCUUGUGUGGGGAGGACUACGUUUUCUUCCACCUGGAUAUCUUUGGGCAAAGCCUGCAAGGUGGACAGGGCCCUGCUCCCCGCAGGCCCUGGGAGAGAGGGGAUGGACACGAUGUCAGUGCCCGCCAGGCCUUUCAAGCUGCCAAAAUCAUUACAUAUAAAGAGCCAGAUAAUCCCGAGUACUUGGAAUUCCUGAAGCAGCUAAAACACCUGGCUCGUGAGCAGUUCAACUUCACCAUGGAGGAUGGCCUGGUGAACACCAUCCCAGCAUCCUUCCACGAUGGGCUCCUGCUCUAUAUCCAGGCAGUGACGGAGACUCUGGCACAUGGGGGAACUGUUACUGAUGGGGAGAACAUCACUCAGCGGAUGUGGAACCGAAGCUUUCAAGGUGUGACAGGAUACCUGAAAAUUGAUAGCAGUGGCGAUCGGGAAACAGACUUCUCCCUCUGGGAUAUGGAUCCCGAGACUGGUGCCUUCAGGGUUGUACUGAACUACAAUGGGACUUCCCAAGAGCUGGUGGCUGUGUCAGGGCGCAAACUGAACUGGCCCCUGGGGUACCCUCCUCCUGACAUCCCCAAAUGUGGCUUUGACAAUGAAGACCCAGCAUGCAACCAAGAUCACCUUUCUACCCUGGAGGUGCUGGCUUUGGUGGGCAGCCUCUCCCUGCUCAGCAUUCUGAUUGUCUCCUUCUUCAUAUACAGGAAGAUGCAGCUGGAGAAGGAACUGGCCUCGGAGCUGUGGCGGGUGCGCUGGGAGGAUGUUGAGCCCAGUAGCCUUGAGAGGCACCUGCGGAGUGCGGGCAGCCGGCUGACCCUGAGCGGAAGAGGCUCCAAUUAUGGCUCCCUGCUAACCACAGAGGGCCAGUUCCAAGUCUUUGCCAAGACAGCAUAUUAUAAGGGCAACCUCGUGGCUGUGAAACGUGUGAACCGUAAACGCAUUGAGCUGACACGAAAAGUCCUGUUUGAACUGAAGCAUAUGCGGGAUGUGCAGAAUGAACACCUGACCAGGUUUGUGGGAGCCUGCACCGACCCCCCCAAUAUCUGCAUCCUCACAGAGUACUGUCCCCGUGGGAGCCUGCAGGACAUUCUGGAGAAUGAGAGCAUCACCCUGGACUGGAUGUUCCGGUACUCGCUCACCAAUGACAUUGUCAAGGGCAUGCUGUUUCUACACAAUGGGGCUAUCUGCUCCCAUGGGAACCUCAAGUCAUCCAACUGCGUGGUAGAUGGGCGCUUUGUGCUCAAGAUCACCGACUAUGGGCUGGAGAGCUUCAGAGACCUGGACCCAGAACAAGGACACACCCUUUAUGCCAAAAAGCUGUGGACGGCCCCUGAGCUCCUGCGAAUGGCUUCACCCCCUGUGCGGGGCUCCCAGGCUGGUGACAUAUACAGCUUUGGGAUCAUCCUUCAGGAGAUUGCCCUGAGGAGUGGGGUCUUCCAUGUGGAAGGUUUGGACCUCAGCCCCAAAGAGAUCAUCGAGCGGGUGACUCGGGGUGAGCAGCCCCCCUUCCGGCCCUCCCUGGCCCUGCAGAGUCACCUGGAGGAGUUGGGACUGCUGAUGCAGCGGUGCUGGGCUGAGGACCCACAGGAGAGGCCACCAUUCCAGCAGAUCCGCCUGACGUUGCGCAAGUUUAACAGAGAGAACAGCAGCAACAUCCUAGACAACUUGCUGUCCCGCAUGGAGCAGUAUGCAAACAAUCUGGAGGAACUGGUGGAGGAGCGGACCCAGGCGUACCUGGAGGAGAAGCGCAAGGCUGAGGCCCUGCUCUACCAGAUCCUGCCUCACUCAGUGGCUGAGCAGCUGAAGCGUGGGGAGACAGUGCAGGCCGAAGCCUUUGACAGCGUUACCAUCUACUUCAGUGACAUUGUGGGUUUCACAGCACUGUCGGCGGAGAGCACGCCCAUGCAGGUGGUGACGCUGCUCAAUGACCUGUACACUUGCUUUGAUGCUGUCAUAGAUAACUUUGAUGUGUACAAGGUGGAGACAAUUGGCGAUGCCUACAUGGUGGUGUCGGGGCUCCCUGUGCGGAACGGGCGGCUGCACGCCUGCGAGGUAGCCCGCAUGGCCCUGGCUCUGUUGGAUGCUGUGCGCUCCUUCCGAAUCCGCCACCGGCCGCAGGAGCAGCUGCGCUUGCGCAUUGGCAUCCACACAGGACCCGUGUGUGCUGGAGUGGUGGGACUGAAGAUGCCCCGUUACUGUCUCUUUGGAGAUACAGUCAACACAGCCUCAAGAAUGGAGUCUAAUGGGGAAGCCCUGAAGAUCCACUUGUCUUCUGAGACCAAGGCUGUCCUGGAGGAGUUUGGUGGUUUCGAGCUGGAGCUUCGAGGGGAUGUAGAAAUGAAGGGCAAAGGCAAGGUUCGGACCUACUGGCUCCUGGGGGAGCGGGGGAGUAGCACCCGAGGCUGACCUGCCUCCUCUCCUAUCCCUCCACACCUCCCUACCCUGUGCCAGAAGCGACAGAGGUGCCAGGCCUCAGCAUCGCCCACAGCAGCCCCAUCACCAAAGGAUGGAAGUCGUUUGAAUAGCUCAGGUGUGCUGACCCCAGUGAAGACACCAGAUAGGACCUCUGAGAGGGGACUGGCAUGGGGGGAUCUCAGAGCUUACAGGCUGAGCCAAGCCCACGGCCAUGCACAGGGACACACACACAGGCACAUGCACCUGCUCUCCACCUGGACUCAGGCCGGGCUGGGCUGUGGAUUCCUGCUCCCCUCCCCUCCCCAUGCUCUCCUCCCUCAGCCUUGCUACCCUGUGACUUAUUGGGAGGAGAAAUAGUCACCUGAAGGGGAACAUGAACAGAGACUAGGUGAAGUGAGGGCAGGGGAGCCCACAUCUGGGCCUGGCCCACAAUACCUGAUUCCCCAACCCCCUCCACGCAGCAGUAGACACAGUGCACAGGGGAGAAGAGGGGUGGCACAGAAGGGUUGGGGGCCUGUAUGCCUUGCUUCUACUGUGAGCAGAGACAAUUAAAAUCUUUAUUCCAGUGA